UGGAACGCCGACGUCCCCGCGGCCGUUCGUGCCGCUCUGGGAGAGAGCACCCUAAAGAGGAAUGGAGCCAGCGACACAGCCCCCAACGGUGGAGCCCUUAAUGGGAAUGGGGCCGCUGACCUGGGAGUCGCAGAAGAGGCGGUCGGCGCAGCGUCGCAGUCCGUGACCAGUCCACCGCUGUCCGCUGCUGGCAAGAAGUCGCGCAGUCUGGCGCAACUGACACCCAUCCGUGAGGAGGAGGGCGCGGGUACCUCGGGCAGCGGCAGGACCCCCGAAGUGGGGCGCGAGGCUCCGCAACCGCAGACCGCGAGCCCGGCUUUGCUCCGGCGGUCGCGGGGCCGCCGAGCGCGUGUGUUCGCCGAGUCGCCCGCAGAGCCGACCCCGGUGUGGGCGCCAGGGUCGGCGCCGAUACCUGUAGUCCCCGCGUUCGAGUCCGCGUCCUGUCGUCGGGGGUCCGCGCCCGGGCCGGUGCCGCCUGGCGGUCUCAAGAGUGCCAGGGAACCGCAGUUCAGGGAACCGCAGUUCAGGGAACCGCAGUUCGGAGAGCUGCAGAUCGAGGAGUCGCGGUCUGCCAGUCCGUUCCAAAAAGUUGUGGUUGCGAUCGCCUCAGAGAGAACUGCCACCGAAGCCCGAGACGACACGUUGAGCGAAGCACGCACGGCAACUGUUUGGGUGGCUAGCGCGGAGGAGCGUAGCGACAGCACAGAGUGCCGGGUACUGAUUGAGAGCGAACCCGAAGCCCCGGACCACGAAGCUCCCGACCAUGAAGCUGAACGCGGGCAGACACCACUCCCGCGGAAGACUUCCCGCGUCCAAGACCUGAUUGAGUCCUUCGAACGCCACACGUCGCCGCACGACACCUCCGUCCCGCUCCGCCACGACGGCGUCAACCCGAACGGCCGCGGCGUCCCGGCACGUCGUUCGCUGAAACAUGACGAUACGCCCCUGCGUGGCACCUCGUGGCGUCUCGGCCCCCUUGGUCUUGGCCCGGCUCCCGCUGGCGGCCCCGUGGCUCUCGGUUUCACUCCGCACGUGGCGGGUCCAAAUGCCGAGUCGGGCCGUUUCGUGCGCCGGCGGCGUUCGUUGUCACCCCUUGGACCGCGGUCAGUCAAAACAGACCCGCGUUCGGUAGACCCGCGUUCGGUGGACCCGCGUUCGGUAGACCCGCGUUCGGUGGACCCGCGUUCGGUAGACCCGCGUUCGGCAGACCCGCGAUUGGCAAAUCGGCGAUUGGCAAAUCCGCGGGAAUCGUUCGAGUGGGGCAACUCGCAGAAACGGAAACGCCAUUCGCCUCGUGGAGCGCUGCAACCCGCGGGGAAGGAGAGGCGUCACGCAGGUUGGAGAGAGCACUUUGCUCCGGCAGAUCGCGAACCACUAUCGUUGGAGAAACCCGGUCUCAAACGUGAGUCUCUCGGGCCACGCCUGCGACGCCGGAACACGGUGGAUGCCGCUAGUGACCUGCCGCCCGUCUGGUCGACCCGAGAUCUCCAGCGCCGAGAGGCCAGGUCGCGACCUGAAGGGGUGAGACUGCUACCGGAAGAGAGGUUGGCCGUCUCCUACGACGACGAUGAUGGUUGCCAGGGUGUCGGCCACGACGUUGUGGAAAAGGCAGAGGAUUUUGCACUCCGUGGCUACGGCCCGGCUGAUGGUCAACUCGUUGACGGGGAUGGGGAGCUGGUUGACGGUCAACUGAUUGACGGUCAACUGGUUGAGGGUCAACUGGUUGACGGUCAACUGGUUGACGGUCAACUGGUUGAGCGACGCGACUUUGUUGCGGUUGGUGGGGAGGUCGGUCGUGGUAGGAAGAGAGGUCAUGGCGGAGACGAUCCGGGUAGCAGUCGAUCUGCAUCACCGCAGGAGGAGUCUUACCCGAUCAUGCCGCGCACCUUGCACUACUCCAGUGCCGACUGGUACCCGACGCUUCGCAGCAACCCCGUUGCCCAAUUCUUCGGUCCCGUGGCCACCACAGUCGACGCCUUGCCCGCCAGGAAGCGCCAGCGAGAGGAGGCCUUGCUGGAACGAGACAUUCGCCUCCUUCAGGAGCAAAUGCACAUGGCCGCCAGACAAUGGCGCAUGUGCGAAGCGGCUCUAGACUCUAUGACUGCCAGACUCGAGUCGCUCAGAGGAGGCAACCUACCCCCGCCACCAUACCCAUAA